AUGGCAGAAAAUAACGACGUUCAAGCGUUGGAAAAAAUUUCAACACAAGUUAAUGAAACCCAAAUAAAAAUUACUCUUUCGAGUCACUGUAUUAAAGCAACUUGUCCAGAUCUACCAAAGUGUAGCAAAACAAAUAAUCAGAAAUGUUUGAUACCGAGAAUACCGGCUAAAAGGUAUUGUUUAUUAUUAUUUAGGUAUUGUCAUUUACAUGUUUUAGCUCAAGCAUUUUUAUUUAACAAAUUAAAAAAACAAUCGGAAAGACAAAAAGAAAUUUGCAUUAUCAUAAGUAAUAGUAAUCAGAAGUUAGAAGCUGAAAUAAAACAAGCUGAACAGGAGAUAAACAGCUUAAUAAUUGCCAAUGAAACUAUUAAAUCUGCUAAUAUUGAGUUAAAAAAGGAGUGUCUAUUAGCACAAGAGAGAAAAUGCGAAAUUCAUGAAAGAGUAACACAGGGUCAAGAAAAGUACGAAAAUCUUUGGUUAGAAUGUAAAAGCAGAUAUGAGAGUAUACCUAGAAUACAGAAAUUAGUUCAAUCUACAAAUAAGGUUCAAGUAAUGAAAGAAAGUAUAAUAGCUUUAGAAAGUGAAAUUAAAAGUUUAGUUAACCAAAUAUUAGAGAAGAAAAUAUGUUUGCUUAGCUUAGAUCAAUCUCGCGUAAUUGCAUUCGCUAAGUUUUUUGUUAAUGAAGGUGCACAAUAUAAAAAGGAAAUAAAAGCAAAAUCUGCAGAAAUUGUGAUAUUAGAGCAAGAAAUAAAUAAGACACUUAAAGAGCAGGAGUGUAGAGCAAAUGAAGAUAAUAUACUAAAUACAGUUAAGGAUGAGGUGCGCCCAACUGUAGAUCAAUCCGAUAAGAAGUUUAAAGAACAUGAUGACGAUUGGCCAAUUUUGAACAGUAUACAUGAAACAUUACGAUUGCCGAAACUACAGCUACUCAGCACUGAAUUUGAUGAUUUAAGUUCUAAAUUAGAUCAGAUAAAAAUUAAGAAAACGGAAUUAAUACAAUCUACUAGUUCAAAAAGGACAUACUCCAUAACGAAUGAGUCGGAAGCAACUAUGAAGAGACCAAAGAAAGAGGAGACCAGUUUAUUUUACUACUUUAACAAACCCAUUAGCACUGAAGAUAAGGUCAUGUACCUAAAUUAUGAUAGUAGCAAAGAUAAUUUUUCGAAAAAGAAAUUAAUAAAUAUUUUGGAAGAUAUAAAAAUUGACAAAAACGAUACGUAUAAAAUAAUAUCUAAAGUAAAACGAGAUUCACUCAAAGAUGUUAUUACAAUUGGAACAGAUAUUGUGAAGGAUGGUGUAGAAGUUACUGAGGAAAAGCAGCAAGUACAAGAAAGCGAGCAGAUAGAAGAGAUAGAUUUAACAAAUACCAAUAUAAGGAAGCCAACCGAAAGUAUUAUUAUACCACCAACACAAUUCUUGGAUUUGUCGCAGGCUACUUGUAACUCUCAAGAAAGCACUACUAAGAAAAAGGUAUCCUUCGAUUUACCAAUUCCGGAAGAAAAUAUUACUCUAAUACAUGGAGACGAUAAUGACGAAGUGAUUGCUAUUGAUCAAAGCAUAAACAGUGAGUUGAAUGCCAGUCACGUUAGUGCUGAGAGUUACACGAAACUUAAAGACAUGAUGUUGAAGAAACACAAUUUGGAUUUAUCACCACAAUUUGUUUAUGCAAAAAACACUGUUUUGCAAACGAGAAAUGAAGACAAAGUAAUUACUUCCAAAUUCUUUCAACACAGUAACAUAGUCUCAGAUAUUGAUUUAAAUGAAAAUGACAUACAAAAAGUAGUGGAAGUUGAAGAAACACAUGAAAAUAUUAAAGAAACAGAUCAUGUUAUUAAAAAUCAAAGUGCCGAUUUAAAUGAAGGCAAUUUGGUUGCUAUGCAAGAAAAUAACAUAGUGAAAAUAGAUAAAACUCUAACGGGAUUACUAUUCAGUCAUGGAACUCAGGGAAUUCCCGAUUCUUUGAAUGUAUCUAUAAGUACAACAGGUUUUGAAGAAGGGGAAGAUUUUCCACAUUGUAUUGAUUCCAGUUUGCUUUUAUCUCCUAAGGCUAACAUUGUUCCUGGAAGUGAGAAUGUUGAAGUUUUAUCUCAAGAAGUUCCUAAUUUCCUUUCAGGCCUUAGAAAAUCAGCAUUUUCCUUUUUCGGAAGUUCCAGUAACACAGAAACAAACAACCAACCUCUAGGUAUACAGAAUCAACAAAAUAAUAAUUUUAGUUUCAAUUUUGGUGAUGACGAAAAGAAAAAUAGGGGUGGAUUAUUUAGUAUGUUUCAUUAGAUUUUGACUUUCUUUAAUUAUCAUAUUAACUUUUUUUUCACAU